GGCACUGCUCCGACGACCGCCGUAGCUGCAACACUCGCGUGCUCGCCGCCUUUUCGUCCGCGUCACCGCCCCCUGUCACCGGCGACCGUUGCCGCCCGUACGCUUCCCGUGUUCCCGUUUUUACACACCGAGUCCCGGCCGUCAUCCCCCGUUCGCUGGCACACGACGAUGCGCAUCGGGAACCCGUUGUCCGCCGCCACCACGUCCGCGACGUUCUGAAAAAAAGCCGUCCCGGGGGACUCGACGACGAACGACCGCCGCGCGACCGCCGCGCGACCGCGAUGACCACGGGACGCGCCGGGACCGCGGUCGCCCGUCUGCUGCUGCUGCUGCUGCUGUUGGCGGGCACCGCGUGCCGGGCCGCGUCGUUCCAGUGCGACGGCGGCGGCCAAGUGAACUUCGAACUGCUCAACGGGUACGCGGCCAGCCCCGCGGCCAAGCACGCGAUGCGCGAGCAGUUGGCCCUGUUCACGUUGCCGCAGUGCAUAGACGCGUGCAAGUCCGACGACCAGUGCGCCGCGGUCACGUACGAGACGGGCGCGUGCGUGUCGUACGCCGCGGUGCCGCAGAAAAACGCCAACUCAGACUUUCCGUUGAAACGAUCGCAGUAUCCAACUCACACCACAACGGUUGCUCGAAAAAUAUGUGUUCGGGCACCAAAGGCGUGCAACCAACGGUCGUGGAGUUUUGAUACGAUACACGGUGAACUGAAAGUUUCGUCUAAACAGCACUACAAAGCAAUCACUCGGGCUGGAUGUAUGGACAAGUGUCUGAAUGAAAAGAGUUUCCAGUGUAGGUCGAUCAACUUCAACAAGGAGACGGGCGAUUGCCACGUGAACGACGUGGAUCGGUUCACCGUGUCCGGGCGGCCGUCGAUCAACAAUCGGUCCGCGAGCACAGUGGACUACAUGGAGUCGAACUGCGUGGUGGAACAGCCGCGGAUGUGCGACUUCACGGAGCUGGACGGCAAGUUGCUGCGGACGGUGGACGCGAUAUUCGAGAACGUGGCCACCAUGGACCGGUGCAAGGAGAUGUGCCUGGCGGCCGAGGAGUUCCAGUGCCGGUCGUUUGACUAUAACGAGACGGGCGUGAACGUGUGCCGCAUCUCGCACCACAGCAUGUCCAGCCUGUCGCAGCUGGAACAGCCGUACAUGGCCGUGGCGGGCGCCACCACGUACCAAAUGUCGUCGUGCUUCAGCGUAAAGAUCGACUGCCGCGGCACGGACAUGGUCGCGUCCGUGCACACCAACCGGCUGUUCGACGGCAAGGUGUACGCCAAGAACAGGCCCAACUCCUGCGUCAACGACGUGAAGAACACGCUCGACUUUGACCUGCACCUGGACUACCACGGCGCCGACUGCGACGUCCGGCAGGAUCAUCCGGGCAAGUUCUUCACCGAAAUCAUCAUCCAGCACCAUGACCAGAUCGUCACGGGCCAGGACAUCGGGCUGUCGGUGCGGUGCACGUACGACCUGCAGAACCGGAGCGUGGGCCAGGGCAUCGAGCUGGCCAUGGCCCCGGCCGCGGAACCGGAGUACGAUGACGGCGCGUCCGCGGAGUCGGAGCCGCUGGGCGUGGGUCACGGACAGGGCGAUGGAGGCGCCGAGGAAACGGCGUUCGUGAUAUCGCCGACGGUGAUGAUGCGGAUCACGAACCGGGCGGGCGGCGAUAUACACGCGGCACAGGUGGGCGACCCUCUGAGCCUGCGGUUCCACAUACUGGACGACCGGUCGCCGUACGAGAUAUUCGUGCGCGAGCUGAUCGCCCUGGACGGCGUGGACACCAGCGAGAUACUGCUGAUCGACCGGGACGGCUGUCCCACGGACCCGGCCAUCAUGGGCCCCAUAUCGGCCGUGAGCACCGGCUCCGGUGGCACCGUCAAAAUACUCGAGGCGCCGUUCGACGCGUUCAAGUUCCCCACCUCGGACAUCGUCCAGUUCAAGGCGCUGGUCACGCCGUGCCUGCCCAAGUGCGAGCCGAUCAACUGUAACGUGGUCGGCCACAACGGAGCGAUCCGCCGAGCGGACUCUUUCGGCAGACGGCGUCGCAGACGGAGUGCGAACAACCAAACGGACGAAAUGGUGUUUCAACAGAUUCGGAUCGAGGACAAGUUCAAAUUCGAAGCCCAACAGGGUGAGCCCGGCCAAGAGAUCAACUUUUCCAGCCUGGAUGACCAGAAAACCGUCUACUGGAACACGUACGCGUUCGCCCUACUACUCGUCACGUUCGCGCUGCUUCAGCUGUUCGUAAUAUUCGUCUGUUGGCUGUGCACGACAAACAAGUCGCGGGACAGUCGCACGACAGCGUCCCUUUACGAGGCGGCAAUCAAUGAGUACGCAUCCACUGCCCAGGGUCCCGUUUCCUGGGGAGGCCGCAGUUACUAUAAGUGAUUUCCGCAGGACCUGGUGUCCAGGUACGAGGCGCGUUGGUAUACUCGAAUCGUAGAUCGGUUGAAGGGACGGAGAAAAGAAUAAAAAAAAUAACGCGUACCGAUGAAAAUAUUAAAACUGUAAAUAGAAAAAUUUCAACCAUGUGCACGUCGUGUACCUGCGUGGUCAAACCCGUCGAGCCAAAAACGUUUUCCUGUUAUAAGUAGUAUAUUUUAAUACCUAUACUAUAUUUGAAGGAACAAUACACAUUAUUAUCAUUAUUAUUAUUAUUAUUAUUAUUAUUAUUUGGGUAUAGGCAUGUAAGUAAAUUUUUUUUUCUAUAAAUUACUUUUUUUGACGAUUUUUACACACGUUAAUAUUAUUUUCUGAUCACUUAUCCUAUAGCCGUUAUUAUGUCAGUUAGACGAUCAAAAAACCCAGGUGAGAAAUUUUCAAAAUAGAAUGCUUCAAGGAUUUUAAUUUGAUUUGAUUUUGUACUUUAUUAGCCGAUUUUGUAUUAACUGUCAAUAAAAUUAAAGCUUAGGACUUAAUAUACGUAAAUAUAAUAUAAAAAUAAUUUAUCAAUUAGCUAGGUUUGACUAUUUUCUUGUCUAUUUGAAAACAAAUUAUUACUUUUAAUUUAUUAAGUGUACUAUUUUUGUUUUUAAGAUAUUUGUGUUAACACUAUGAAGACACUAGUUACAAACAAUAAAUUAUUUAAAUUAUUUAAAAAUAUAAAUUAUCAAAACAGUGCUUUUACAAAAUGAGUAAACAAUUUCACUCAAUUUUUCAUUCAUAUUUAAAUUUAAAUUACUCUCUGAGGACAUAAUUACUACAUUAAUCGAUAUUUACAAAUCACUCGUUCUAAAAUUGAAAUUAUUUUAUUAGAAUUCCUAAACAAGGGUAAAGUAAUUGAUGACAUAUUUGGUAUCGACACUAAAUGCUAAAGUUUUAUCAACCAAAUUUAUCUAAAUUAGGUAAUUAUGAUUUUAUAACAGUUAAGAAAUGAGAAUACAUGUAAUUCAUUCACAUUACGAAACUUUGAAAACCAUAGAUCAUAUUUGUCGUGUAUCACUUAAGUUAUACGAGUGUCAUCGUUUUUGAAGUGACCACGACGAAAACAUUAAAAAAUUUUUGUGUUUAUAAAAUAUUCAAAGUUAAAAAAAAUUAGGAAUAUAUUUUCAACGACGUAUAGUGUUUAAAAUGUACGUAUUUUAACUGAACAGGGUCGUAUCGAAUGAUGGAGUGAUUGAAUUACAAUUUUAGGGUUUAAUAAUUGCAAAUAAUUUUUGCACAAGAAAAAAUGUAAUAAAUUAUUGAUCGAUUCAACUCCAAUUCGAUGGCCUUUAUUUUUCUUUAACUGUAAUACUAAUAAUACCAAUCAUACAUUUGAAAAUAUUCUGGACCAACGUAAGGUAAAAUAGCAACACAGGUGAAAUAUUUAAAAAUUCCCCUUUAAUGUAAUCCAAAAAAAAUAAUUAGAUCUUCCAGAUCUCCCCACCAUCGUAAUGGUAUCGUGAAUUGUAAAAAAAAAAA